GCAUUCUCUCGGUGGAUAGGGGGAUUCCUCCGACAACAUGGCGGCCGGGAACCGCAGGCUGUGAGCAACAGUUGCGCCAGCGCCUUUGUGCCGGGCCGGGCUGGGCCGGGCCGCGGCGGUUGGUCUUUGAUCAGGGGGGAUCCCGGUUGGGUGACUGGCCGCUCGGCGGCGGCGGGGGUGUGAGGACGGGGAGGGGAGGGGAGGCUGGCUGGCUGGCGGCCUAGCGCGGGCUGAGGGUGGGCGGACCAUGAAGAGACAGAGCGAGCGCGACGCGAGCCCCGGCUCGGCCCCAGCCAGCGGGCUCGGUAGCAGGUCGGCCAAGCGACUCCGGGAGCGGGAACGAGAACGGGAGAGUCGGGGCGGGCGGGACGAGUGCGAUGGGGGCCGGGGAGGCGGUAAUUACCACAAGGCCUCGCUCAGCGCCAAACACCCCGGCCAGAGUAGAAGUAGAAGCCGAGACAGGCCAGCGGGAGGGGGAGGAGGAGCGGGAGAGAAAUCCAAUAGUAAUAGCCGCAGGGAGGACAGGGGGGACCAUCACCAUCACCACCAUCAUCAUGAGCCAGCCAGGCCGCCGUCUGCCAGGACCAGUUCAGCUCAGAAAAGUAAAGGUGACGGCAGUCGGCCCACUGGCCUGGAGUAUAAGACCUUGGUAGUCAGCAAUCUUGGGUCACAACUGACAGACGAGGCAGUGGAGGAUGGCCUCUUCCACGAAUUCAAGAAGUUUGGGGAAGUGAGUGUCAACGCCACCCAGACUCCCGAGGGGGACCGACUGGCAUAUGUGCACUUUCGCCAGCAUGAGAACGCAAAGGAGGCAAGGCAUGCUAAGGGGCGGCUGGUGCUUUAUGACCGUCCUCUUAAAAUCGAGCCCGUGUACCCCAAGAGGAGGAGCUGCACUCCACCGGAGGUGAACUAUGUGCCCAUACAUGCUGGGUACCAGUAUCGACAGCGCUCUUUGUCACCCGGGGCGUGUGCCCUCAGAGAGCAGAGGUCGAGACAUGCCAAUUAUUCCAUAGAGGUGGUACCGCUGCCAAGGGAGCGUGAGCGGUCAUUAGAUUAUUAUGGAUUGUAUGACGAGCGUGGGCGUACCUACAGUUACCCAGUGCAGGAAGAUGAUUUGAUGCCUGAGGAUGACAAGCGAGCCACCAGGAAUUUGUUCAUUGGCAAUUUGGACCACAACAUCUCAGAAAUUGACUUGAGGCGUGCUUUUGAGAAAUAUGGCAUUAUUGAAGAAGUAGUUAUUAAGCGUCCAGCCAGGGGGCAAGGAGGCGCCUAUGGAUUCUUAAAAUUUCAGAAUUUGGAUAUGGCACACCGUGCCAAAGUGGCCAUGUCAGGCCGUGUAAUCGGCAGGAACCAUGUUAAAAUUGGAUAUGGCAAAGCCAACCCAACGACUCGUUUGUGGGUUGGUGGUUUGGGACCCCUGACUUCGCUGGCUGCCCUCGCCAGGGAGUUUGACCGCUUUGGCAGCAUUCGCACAAUUGACUACGUUAAAGGUGACAGUUUUGCUUACAUACAGUACGAGAGUUUGGAUGCUUCCCAGGCUGCCUGUGCCCAAAUGCGGGGCUUUCCCCUGGGGGGACCUGAUCGUCGAUUGCGGGUCGAUUUUGCCAAGGUGGAGGACACACGCUACCAGCAGCCUUACCCUCAGGCGCCACUGUCCAUGCAUUACGAGCCCCUGCCUGAUGGGUACAGCCGCCAUCGCAGCCUGGAGAGGGAGGCUCGUGCUCGUGACCGGACUCCACCCCUGCCCCUGUAUCACGAGCGGGACAGGAACUUUUCUGAUGGUGACUGGAACAGCCCAGCCAAGUCCCUGGACCGUCGCAACAAUGCCGACGGUUACAAUGCCUCCGUCCGCAGUCGCAGCAGAGAUCGCUGGGCGAGUGAGCGGGAGAAUGACCGUGGUGCCGUAGCUGUCAAGCCGUGGGAGGAGCGCCGGAAGCGCCGGAGUCUUUCCAAUGAUCGCGCCCGCCCUGCCCACUCGCCUUACGAGGAGCGGAUGAGAGCCAAGCCCCAGAGCUCCUUGGAACCAAGUCCGGACAAGAGAAACAGAGACACUAGAGUGACAGAUGGGGUGUCCGACAAGGAGCAGACCAUUGCUACUGCCCAAGAUGACCGACGUCUGCCCCUCGAGGAAAAAAUGCCCCUUGAUGUCCAUGAGCCAGUGCAGCUCAAAAAGAAAGACAGUGAGCACAAUCACAGAACUAUUGAGGUUGAUCCUGAGACUAAAGCCAAUGUUGAGGCUCCAAAAGUUGAGCCCAAGAAGCCAGCCAAUUUGUUGGAGUUUGCUCAGGCGCUGUCAUUGGCCUGGAAUGGUGUCCUUAUACUCAAAAACAGUUGCUUUCCUACAAAUAUGUUCACACUGGAGGGUGACGCUGCCAUCACCCUUGCCCUCCUAAAGGACUCUGCAACAGGUGCCAAGGUAUCCCAGCUGAAGAUUGCGCAGCGCCUCCGCCUUGACCAGCCCAAGUUGGACGAAGUGACCCGUCGCAUUAAGCAGGGCAGCCCUGAUGGUUAUGCUGUGCUGCUUGCUGUGCAAGCCCCUCAGGGGGCAGAGGGUGGUAAUGGUGCCGUGGCGGUUGAACCAGGCCUCCAGCAGCGGCUCUUACGGAAUCUGGUGUCGUACUUGAAGCAGAAGCAGGCGGCUGGAGUGAUCAGUUUGCCCAUUGGUGGGGUGAAAGACAAGGACAAUACAGGCAUGCUAUACGCCUUCCCUCCCUGUGUUUUCUCCCAGCAGUUCCUACAGACAGCUAUGAGGACUUUGGGGAAAGUGGAAGAAGAACAUUUGAUUGUGGUAAUACUACGGGACUCAGUCUGAGAGACUCUUUCACAUUGAAUAAAGUGUAGUUCCUCUUGUAAGGACUGUAAAGUGUCUUUAGGACAAUAAUUGCUAAACCAAACAAAUGUCUGUCUGUACCAGAACUUUUAGAUGUCUAAUUCUCUAGUCUGUUUUUACCAUAAUAGUCCUUUUAUUUCUUCCAAGUGGAAUUUUAGGCCAGUGCUGAAGUUCGACUUUCAUUUGUUUGGUUUUUUAAAUUUGGCUGUAUGAAGAAAGUUCUGAAUUGUCAGUAAAGCUGCAUCUAAUGUUGUAUUUUUAAUUCUGUUCUGUUCCUGACUUUUUUAUACUUUCUAAUAGUUGAAAGUGCAAAGUGAGAUACUUAUGAAUAUUGUUCCACAAUAAUUUGAAGAUCACUUUGUAUUUUUGUUAUACAAGUUGAAAGGCACUAGAAAGUAUUAAACAAAAUGUGGAUUUGAUUUUUACCAUGAA